CAGGCAGCGCUCUUGGGCCUGGAUGCGAAUCCUCUCAUUUGGACUCGCUAUGGGCUGGACUUGCUGGGCAUCUCCCUGAACAGCAUCUCGAUAGGAGGCUCCACACCCACGAGCACCGAGCCCAAGGAUCGACGAAAGGUCUCGCUCCUAGGCGGCGAUUCCUUGUAUGCGACAGCUCAGUGGGCUAUGGCCAAGUUGGAUAGCCGCGCCUGUCGAAAGCUCAUCGCCAACACCAUUGCUGCCUACAGUGAUGGCCAGCUGCGGAAGCGUGAGCUGAUUUGGAACCUGGACCUGACCGUGAAGCAGUACUUGGAGAUUGAGAAGGUGGCCGGGGUGGCGGCCUUCUUUGGGGCAAGUACUGCGUGUGCGGCCUUCGUCAACAAGGUGAGCGACGACAUCGCGACGCAACUGGCGGAGUUUGGCUCCGACUUGGGCCUCGUGGUGUCGUUGCUCAAGGACGUUCGCACAGUAGGCAUGACCACCGCGCUGAAGCUUGGGAGGAUCUCCGCGCCCAUCAUCUUCGCGCUGCAGCGCGAUCAGCGGCUCAAGGAGUUGCUCUCCACGCGCCUGGAGAACGCCGAGGACUUCGAAGAGGCCCUGAGGCGGGUAAAGGAGCACGGCAUGAUGCCAACGAUUCACCUGGUGAACAAGCUUGGCGCCCGUGCGACGGCGCGCUUGGAAUGUCUAGAGGAGAGCAAAGAGAAGGAAGCCCUUUUGACCUUGGUCCGUGGAGUGGCCUGUUUACACCUCAUGGAGGAUGGCGAGGUGUCCAACGAGGACAGCGUGGUCGCUGACAUGGUGGUGAACCCUGACCCUGAAAGCCGCGUUUUCGACAUGAAGGUGGCCAAUCUGCGGCUGCGGGCGCAGUUGCAGCGGAUCCAUAGCAGUGAGCAGCGUUCCAAGCACAGGUUGGAUGCGAUCCAAAGCUUGGCGCGAGGAGACGACGAUGUGGUCGCCCUGGCAGACGACGAGACACGAGCACCGCAGGGACUGGGCUUGGAGUUCAACUCUGAAGAGGUGGAAUGGCUGAUCCUACGGGGCCUUGAGCGUCGAACGCCCUUACCGGAGCAGCUGGAUCUCACGCAUCUCCUCUCUUGUGUAUCGAAGGGUCAAGACCAAGUGCAAGAACGUCUCUUAGGUCUACAGGAGGCAGCGCAGAGCACGAAGCUGAAGAAGGCCAUCAAUGAGGUCUUUAGCAGUGGUGGAAAGCGCUUGCGCCCGGCCUUGUGUUUGCUGGUGCACUCCAUGUUGAACGAGAGUAUCGGGCCUGGCGCGCAGGCGGCCUACGAUAAGGUGAUCACGUUGGCCACGUCCAUCGAGAUCAUCCACACGGCCUCCUUGGUGCAUGACGACAUCCUGGACGACGCCGAUCAGCGGCGCCAGCGGCAGACGAUGCACCAGAUCUUCGGCCCCGACGUGGCGGUGCUCAGUGGCGACUUCCUGUUCGCUCACGCCUCGGGGUUGAUCGAAUCCUUGGAGGACGAUGAGGUCACACGCUUGGUCUCUUUGGUCAUUGAGGAGUUUGGCUAUGGAGAGCUGGCGCAAAGCGCCAAACGCUUUGACACCAAUGUCACUCUCUUCAACUACCUCAAAAAGAGUUUUUACAAGACGGCCUCUCUUCUGGCCGCGGCCUGCCGCGCCUCUGCCGUCCUCACGGGCCUUCGCUGCGAAGUCUGCGAUGUGCUCUACACCUAUGGCUUCUACUUGGGCUUAGCCUUCCAGAUCGCCGACGAUGUCUUGGACUUCACCGGUGGUGAAGAGCUGGGGAAGCCCGUGGGGCAAGACUUGAGCGAAGGGAAUUUGACGGCUCCGGUGAUCCUCUGCGUGAACGGCAACGAGGAUUUGGGCAUGGCACCCACUAGCGGGAGCAAGGAGCUGCGGAGGUUGAUCCAGAGGCAGUUCGCCGGUCCUCGCGAUCUGGACCGGGCGCUGGAGAUCAUCCGAGAGUGCGGUGGCGUGGAGCGAGCCAAUAAGUUGGCUGAGAAGAUGGCCGACAAGGCCUUGGAGGCCUUGUCCCUCGUGGCUCCGAAGGACUCGGAAGCCCGCAGGGCCCUCGCAGGCUUGUGCAAAUGGGCAGUGAGGCGAUCUAGCUGAGGUCUGGCCUUGGCCCAAAAAGGUGCAACGAC